CAUUUAAAAAUACAAAAUCAACAGUAAAAUACAACAACAUCCAAAAAUUCAACAACAAAAGCUGUAAAAAUAUUACAGCUUCAACACCUUGUACUCUAAGUGGAUUUGGAGACGCUGUAAAGACUGCAAAACGCACAACAAACAAGUUUUUUUUUUACAAAAAUUACGGAAACUUAAGCGCAAUUGGCUGAUUAAAGUGGCUAAUUAAAGCGCAACAUAGAACAUAAACAACAAAGUGACUUUACGGUACUGCCAAAAUUAUAUAUUCAACUAUAACUGCGCGAACGGGCACUUCGUCUUUGUUGUCUCAACAGUUAGUUGUUUUUAUACUAUCCACACAACAACAACAUAACAACCGUUAAAUAAAAGUACAUAUUAGUGUGUACUUUUCGUAAACCGUCGAAUCUUCCCCGCCAUCACGGUACAAUUCACAGUGCCCCUUGCCGGCAACAAAAUUGCCACAACGGCGACGUUAACGCGCUCAGAGACAGUAGCCGCCAAAAUGAAGCGACUAAUGACGUGGGAACGCGAUCUGGUCGAUGCGAUGUAUGGGUAUCGACAGACACGUUUCAGUUCACGGCGUGUGCGGAAACGGGUUAUCUUCAAGCAUGGGGAAUGUAAUGUGGUUCAAGGCAAUGUGGCGAAACGCCGGCGCAGAUAUCUACAGGAUAUCUUCACCACCCUGGUCGAUGCACAAUGGCGUUGGACAAUGCUCGUAUUCGCGCUCAGUUUUCUCAUCUCAUGGGCGCUGUUCGCGUUCGUUUGGUGGGUGAUCGCUUAUGCGCAUGGCGAUUUCGAAUAUAUUUACAAUCGUGAUUUCUUUCCCGAACGCAAUGUGAAUGUAACGCAUCGCAUGUGUGUAACGGAGGUGCGUAGCUUUGUGUCGGCUUUUCUGUAUUCGGUGGAAACGCAAACRACAAUUGGGUAUGGAAAUCGCUUCGUGACGGAGGAGUGUCCAGAGGCGAUAUUCAUAAUGUGUCUGCAGUGUAUUUUGGGUGUUUUCAUACAAGCAUUUAUGGUUGGUAUUGUGUUUGCGAAAUUGUCGCGUCCCAAGAAACGCGCACAAACGUUGCUCUUCUCGCGAAAUGCUGUGAUUUGUCAUCGGGAUGGGGUGCCAUGUCUGAUGUUCCGGGUGGGUGAUAUGCGAAAGAGUCAUAUUAUUGAGGCGCACGUGCGGGCGCAGAUCAUAAGAAAGAAGAUUACUAAAGAGGGCGAAAUAUURCCGUUCUAUCAGCAAGAGUUGACAGUCGGCGCAGAUGGUGGCGAAGAUCGGCUAAUGUUCAUUUGGCCCACAACGAUCGUGCACAAAAUCGAUCGCAACAGUCCGUUGUAUAUGCUUUCCGCGUCGGACAUGUUGAAGGAACGCUUUGAGGUUGUUUGUAUGUUGGAGGGCGUUAUAGAGUCCACCGGCAUGACAACACAGGCGCGCAGCAGUUACCUGCCUUCGGAGAUACUCUGGGGUCAUCGUUUUGUGAAUGUGGUGUCGUUUCGUAAAGAAACGGGCGAAUACGAGGUGGAUUACACGCUAUUCAAUAACACUUACGAUGUGGAUACACCACUUUGUAGCGCCAAACAAUUGGAUGAUGUGAAGGCCGAAUAUGCUAAAAAUUCCAAGUUGGGCUUAGAGCGCGCCUUUUCCGCCGGUCUCAUGCACAUACCAUCCACCAUAUCUGUGGAUCGUUUAGAUCCGAAUAGCGAUGAGUCGUUGGACUCACGUCUGCAAACACGCAACAAUUCCAUCCCCAAUGGGGUGCUUGCCGAGGAGCUGCAACCGCUGAAUUGUGGUGGUGGUGGCGGCAGCACAAACGGUAGCUAUCACUAUGUGCCACCGUCGUUUACSGUUGGCGGCUCAGCGAUACAAAUACCCUCGUUGGCACUCUCCACAAAUCUACAUAGUAUUAAUGAGAAAACCAAUUCCGGCAGCAGCAGCAGCAGCAGCACCAAUAAUCUCACCAUUAAUCCCRCCACCACGCCAAAUACACUCUCACCAGCAAUGGCGACGAGUGCUACAUAUAAUAAUAAUAACAACAACAAUAACAAUCAAGAUAGAAGUAAUGGCGGCAGCAUCAAGAAGACACCAUCAAGCGGUCGACGCUUAUCGAUCAAACAAGAUCAGCUAUCGGUCGAUUCGAUUUGUUGAUAAUGGCGACGACAAAGUGUCAUAUGGACAUAUGUACCAUCAUGCACAUGUGUAUUGGUGUUUGUUGAAUGAUUGUUGUUGUAAUGCUGCAUGCGUAAGAGCAAGGAAUUUUUUUUUGCAAAGCAUUGACUGACCGUAUUCAUUUGUCUGCCGUGCAAGCCGCUUCGAUUGCAAAUAAUUUAAUUUUUUCUUCGCCUAAAAUUAAAUUACAAAACAUUAUUGAUUAAUAUUUAAUUAAAAUAGUUUCUUCCAUAUAUAUACAGCUUUAAUUGUAGUGGAAAGUCAUAAGCGCAGUUAGCGGUAGUUUUAGCAAAGAGUAAGUUAAUAUUAGUUGUGAGAGAAUUGCAGUAAUGUGAGCAAUGCCGCUCGUCGUUUCGUAAGCGUUAACUCUUUAGUUGCCGAAUCGCGUUUUCGCAACGGUAUACGGGGUUCGUUUCUUGCGCGAUAACGCUUUAGUAACCUAAUUGGGAUUUCGAAAGGGUAUAAGUGUUUUCUAUGUCAGUUAGGCGUGGGAUUGAAGUGCGUCGUAAGUUAAAUUUGCAAAUCGCGCGGGUUUACAACUCAAUCGUUUACAACUCAAACGUGUAUAACUCAAUCGUUUACAACUGAACCAUU